AUGAAUUCAUUGUCUUAGUAAUUUAGUCUUGAUUAGACUGAUUAAAACUUUUGUGGCCCAAAAGUAAAGUUGGAUGACAAUAGACUCAAUAAUGUUCAAAAACAGUCAUCCCAUGACUUAUUCAAAAGUUCACUGUUUCAAAUAUCAAAUGAUUAUAUAGAAGUAGCAUAGACUCCAAAUCCUUAAUUUUAAUCAGCAAAAAAUAAUAGAUGGACACGUAGAAUGGUAAGAUAUUGAUAUUUAAAAUAAGUUAACCAGAAAAAACAAAUAGGAAGUAAGUUAGAAAUUAGUUGAUAACUAAGUUUUUAAGACUUUAGCAAAAGAGAGGUUAGUUAAACAAUUUAAGCGUAAUUUAUUUUUGCGUUCUUAUGUAAUGAGUAAAGAAUACAAAGAUGUAAUUCAAAAUCAUUUUAAAUAUGAAUAAAAUAGUUCAAAAAGAGUGGAAUGUAUUUUAAUUUGAUUAUAAAUAGUUAAUUCAUAAUAGUAAGAUAAAUAAAUAUUUCUUAUACCUGGCAGUAAAGUGACUUUGAUUUUAGAUCUUUUGUCCUUAUUAAUCAAGAUAUUAUGUCUUUGGGUAUCUCCAUUGAUAGUAUCUUUCAGACCAGAUAAUUAUAUAUUUAUGUGGUUCUAAUUAGGAAUAAUGUUUUAAAUAUUCAUAGAAAUCUUCAUCUAAACCAAUAGACCAAUAAAUAUAUAAGGUGAAACAAUAACUAAUUAGAAAAAGAUCCUUGCUAAUUAUUUUACUUAUCAUUUAUUUGAAGAUAUCGUAGAUAUAAGUUGUUGGGUAAUAUAAUACUUAAAUAUCAAUAAUAUAUCUAAUAGUGUUGCAUGUGGAUUAAUAAUAUUAGUUUCAUUUAAGAAGAUGUUAAAAAAUUAUUCUAAUUGCAAUGAGACAAUGUUUUUAAAAGGAAGUUUUAAUUAUGCAUUAGAUAUAUUUACAUUGAUAAUAACUAUCCUAUCAUUUGCUCAUGUGAUGGCUUGUAUACUUCAUUAUGUUGGAUAAUUGACUGUAAUUACAGGUGAAUCAUGGUUAUUGAAGUACUCUAUUGAUGAUGCAUCUAUAUGGGUAUAAUAUAAUUAUUCGAUCUAUUGGGCAAUAAUGACAAUGGUAACAGUAGGAUAUGGAGAUAUAACAGCUGCUAAUCAAUAUGAAAUGUUCUUAAUAAAUUGUAUGAUGUUAUUGAGUAGUGGAAUGUUUGCAUAUUCAAUGAACAGCAUUGGAAUGAUUCUAAAGAACAAUUAUGACAUUCAAUAAAGAUAUAAGUAAGAACAAUAUUUAUCAAUAGAAGAUGUUUAAUAUAGAUAAAUAAUUAUAUGAAGAAAGGUUAAUUAAAUUAGACAAUUUAAAAUAGAGUAAGAAAUUAUGUAAAACAUUAUAUAUAAACAGAAUUUAAUGAAAAUUAUGGUGAAGUAAAGGAAAUCAUAAGUCAUCUACCUGCUAAAUUAAGAUAAGAAUUAACUAUGGGUAUAUAGAUGAAUAUUAUGGAGAAUAUAUCUGUUCUUAAUCAUAACUUUUCAUAAACUAUAUUAAAAUAAUUAUCAUAAAAAAUAGAAUAAGUAAAAUAUAUACCAGAUGAAGUUAUAUACAAUAAUGGUGAUUUAGAAGAUUAAUAUUUGUAAAUAUUUAUAUCAAAACAUUUAUAGAUAUUAUUUACAAGAAGGACAAGUACUUUUAUGUGAAGAGAGAAGUAAUAAAGUCUUAUAAACAAUUAAAGUAGGAGAGACAUUUGGAGAACAUUAAUUUUUCACAGGAUUUCCAGCUAAAACAUAAGCAAUCAGUUAUGGUCAUUCAAUUUUAUAUAGAAUUCAUAGAAAUUCAUUAAUUAAAUUAUUUAAUAGUGUAAGUAAUAAAGAUUUUUAAAGAUUUCAUAAUAUUAAGGAUAAUAUUAUAUACUUGAAUAAUUAUUAAGUCAUUUUAAAGAAAUGCAAUAUUUGUAAUUUGUAUAAUCAUACUAAUAUUGAAUGCCCUUUAAUCUCAUAUAGACCAGAUCGAUUUAGAGUAGUAAUGUAGCCAGAUAAAAAUAUUAAGUAAGAAAUGAAAAGAUAAAAAUAUAAAAGAGCUGGAGAUAAAAUUAAUUCGUUAGCUAUGAAUAGUAAAGUAGUAGAAUCUGUUUAAGAAUUUACUUCAACUUAAUCAAUGACUAAUUUUCAUGAAAUUGAAGAUACUAAUCAAUAACUUAAUCCUAAAAUCUAUAGUGGUCAAAUUCAAUAAAACACAUAAGGAAUAAGUAGUAAAUUAAUGAUAGAUUUUAAAUAACAAAGCAAAGACUUUUUUAAUUUUGAUAAAUAAGGCUCUGAUUAAUUGGUUGAAGCACCUCAAAGACCUCCUAGAAUCUCUAUCUCAGGAUUAUAAAAUUUAAUUAAAAAAAGAGUAGUACAUAAUAUAAUGAAAAAGGAUCUUAAUAAAUAAUAAUCUAAACAAUCAUUUAAUAAAACUCCAUCCCUUCGAAAAUAAUAAUCAAAUGUAAGGUAAUCUUCAAAACAUUUAACAAAAGAUGAAUUGGAAGGAUAGCCUAGUGAAUUAGAUUAGAAAGAAUUUAAUUAAUUAGAAUAUAUACAAUCACAUCCUUAAUAAACUAAUUUUUCAGUUGAUCAUUACUAUAAUUAUUAGGGAUAUAUGCAAAAUGAUAAUCUAUUGUAAGUUAUUAAAAAAUAUGACAAAAAUAAGAUGAAAGGCUCUAGAUUAUGGAACCCAUAUAAAAAUUCAAAAAAUUCUGAUGGAGCCAUUUUCGGAUCAAUGGAAUAUUCUAUUGUAAUGAAUAAAUGA